AGAUAGACAGUGUCAGACUGAACUGAAUGGUAGAACACCCAGUUCAGGUCCACAGAGAACUGGAGAAUUUCUUGGUGUAAAACACACACACACAUAUAGUGUCAGAAGUUUUGUUUCAGUGCAGAAACAAAUUUUUGUUUAACCAUGACCUGUCUUUUAUUGCUUGCCUCCAAAUCCUCUCACCUCAGUAAUUGUUUCUUUCACUUUCCUAAAUUUCAUAAUAAGAAAGGGCCUGGGCACCCAUAAUCCAUGACCCUUGAAAUUUAGAGGAUGGAACUCCCAUUUCCAAUAGAAGGUGGGAGAUAGGGGAAAUAUUCAGAAGUUAAGGUUCUAAAAAGAGUAAGCUGACCAAAUAUGGAAACUGUAAGAAGCUCUGACUUACCUGAUUGGUUGAGUCUCAUUGCCCCUCCCCUUGUCCUUCAAUAAAGCAUCUGCUGAAGCCCUUCCAGCCUGAGUUACUCCACAGGAAGCCAGGAACUGGCCACAGGAACAAGAUCUCAGCUGGUGGUGUGGACAACAGGAUGGAAACCAACUCCUCCAUCAUCUCUCUGAAUGCAUCCCAUGAGAAUCUCUUUGAGUCUCCUGUGUUCAUUGCUCUCCAAAUCACCUCAUUGGUGGUUCAUGGGAUCACCUUUGUCCUCGGCAUCCUGGGCAAUGGGCUUGUGAUCUGGGUGGCUGGAUUCCGGAUGGCACGCACAGUCACUACCUUGUGUUACCUGAACUUGGCCUUAGCUGACCUCUCUUUCAUUGCCACUCUACCAUUCCUCAUGGUCUCAAUGGCCAUGAAAGAACAUUGGCCUUUUGGCUGGUUCCUGUGCAAGUUAAUUUACAUCAUCGUGGACAUUAACCUGUUUGGGAGUGUCUUCCUCAUUGCCUUCAUUGCUCUGGACCGCUGUGUUUGUGUCCUGCAUCCAGUCUGGGCCCAGAACCACCGCACUGUAAGUCUGGCUACAAAAAUAAUCAUUGGACCCUGGAUUCUUGCAGUAGUCCUUACCUUGCAAAUUGUCCUUUUCUUGACUACUGUAAGCGAUAGCUCAGGGAAUACGUACUGUACUUUCCACUUUGCACCCUGGGUUAGCACCACUGAAGAGCUGAUAAAGAUGCUCAUCACUGUAUUGACAGCCAGAGGGAUCAUCCGGUUUAUGAUUGGAUUCCUUAUGCCAAUGUCCAUCGUUGCUAUCUGCUAUGGGCUCAUUGCUGCCAAAAUCCGAAAGAAAGACAUGAUUAAUUCCAGCCGUCCCUUACGGGUCCUCGCUGCUGUUGUGGCUUCCUUCUUCAUUUGCUGGUUUCCCUUUCAACUGAAUGCCCUUCUGGGAACAGUUUGGUUCAGAGAAAUAGAGUUUAAGGGUAAAUACAAAGUCAUUAAAAACUUGUUAUACCCAACGAGCUCCUUGGCAUACUUCAACAGCUGCCUCAACCCAAUGCUCUACGUCUUUGUUGGCCGAGACUUCCGAGACAGACUAAUCCAAUCCCUACCAGCCAGUCUAGAGAGGGCCCUGAUGGAGGACUCAGGCCCAAUAGAGGACUCAGCCACGACCAGUGACACAACUAAAUGUGUUUCACCUCCUACAGAGGCUGAGUUACAGGCAAUGUGACUGGGGCUGGGGGACAUUUUCAAACUCUGCCUACCCUGCUCCCAGUUCCUGCCUCAUCCUACUUUGGUGCCCCAUGAAUGGCAAGAAAGAAAAUGGACAUAAGGGUAUAUUGGUGUCCUGUCUUGUUCUAGUACCUCAGGCUAUACCCUGAGGUAAGCAGAGGUGGGAAAGAGUACAAGAGAAGAGAAGUGAAUGAUGGGGAAUCUGGAAAGCUUAGCUGAGAGAGUAUAUUAUGGGGAAAACUUUGGUAUUUCACCAUUUAGUAAGAUAUUUGCUGUGGUUUUUUUGUAAGCUUUUUUUAAUCAGACUAUGGAAGUGUUUUUUACUCCCAUGUAACUAAAGAGUUUCUUCCUUUUUAACUCAUGACUAGCUAUUGCAGUGUGUGAAAUGUAUUUCUGAAUAUAUUAAGGUGAUUAUAUUUAUCCUUUCAUUUAUAUCAUUAUAAAUUACAUUUAUUUUUUAAUGUUUGGCUACCCACUUUUUCCCAGAAUAAACCACACUUGGGCAUGAUUUACUAUACAUAUUUCUAAUUAAUAUCACUUGAUUGGUUUGCAAUUUCUCAUUUUAUGUUUAUGUAAAAUUGAUCUGUUCUUCUACUUUCUUCUAAUGUCUGUGUCAGGUUUCAUAUCAAACAUGUAACAGCCUUCUAAAAAGUGCUGGGAAGUGAUUCCUCUGAUGCUAUUCUCUGGUGUUAUAUGUGUUAUAAAUGUUUACAGAAAUUCACCAGUGAAGCCCACUGGGUCUCGGGUCUUCUUUACAGGAAGUCUUUUAAUAUUAGGUUCUAUUUCUUUAGUAGUUAUUAAAAUCUUCAGACUUUAGAUUUCUGUCCAUUUUUAUAAACUCUUUCAAGAAAUUGAGCAUUUCAUACAAAUUAUCGAAUUCCUUGGCAUGAAAUUGUAUAAUCACUAUUUACAGUACUUGGUAUGAUUUCCUUUACAUAAUGAAAAUGUAAGCUAUCUGAGGGCAGGGAUUUGAUCUGUACUGUUCUCUAAUGGAUUCCUAUCCCCUAUGUUUAAAAUAGUGCCUGGUAUGUGACAGACACUCAAUGAACAGUUACUGAAUUAAUGAAUCAAUAAACAUAGUAUCACACUGGUGUCAAGUGAGAACCUUUGAUGUCCAAUUAAAGUUAUCUCUGACCAUCAUGUCAUGAGUUGAGCCAUGUCCAGUGAACUCUCAGCCCAAAGCCCACAAUUUUUACAAAUCUUCAUGUGGUUUAUAUUUUCAUAAACACCUUAGAGUUUCACUUUCUAUUUCAAAUAAAGCACUCUGGCUGUUG